AUGCAUAGGAACUCUGCAUCAGCGGCCCCUCAGUCCUCUUUCGUUCAAUUAUGGAAGAUCAAGACUAUUACCGAAAGACUAGUCUCUAACUUGACGAAAAAAGACCUGCUCUCAUGUCGUUUGCUCUAUCGGGAUCUUGCAGUCAAACUAGCACCGGUCGUCUUCGUAUCCACGACAGUGAUACUUCGUCGUCGGGCUCUGACCCGACCAUCUCGAGUAGCGGCAUUGGAGCGAAUCGGAACCUACAUGAAAACUGUUACAUUCAAGAUUCCACACACUGCAGACACCUUUUUGCCGCCCGUGAUUGAUGCAGUGACGGGAACAGAGCAAACAUUUCUCUACAUGCCACAAGGACCACGAGUCUUUUCCACAAGGGCCAAGUACGGCAGUCGCAAAAUAGCAGAUUUGCUCAUACAGCAGUAUCCACCUUUGUUCCACACAGCAACCGAUGUUCGGUCAUUUCAACAUGUCCUCUCCCUGAUGAAAAAUAUACGUCAUCUUAGAAUCAGCUGUGAAGGCCAACCUCCAAGUCAUCGCUAUCGUCGAAGUGUGGUGGACUACGCGUUAAUCUCGCUGCGGAUUGCAGUUGAACGAACACCCUUGCCAUCGCUAGAGAGCCUUUCGCUGGUUCCAGUCCACCCAGCGGCCGUGUUAUAUCUUCGACCUGAUCUAGGGUUUGGCACAUCACCAGCUGCCCGGAAACGAUGGUUGCAAAUUCGAUGCUUGACAAUCCAUAUGGAUAGUUUCCAGCAUGAUUCGGGAUUGCCGACUGACCAUUUGAAGUUGCUUCAUGCGUACCUGCAGAGCUUUCCCAAGCUCAGAAAGCUCGUGUUCAGAUGGGUGGGGGAGAAGAAUGUGUUGCCCUUGUCACUUGCCACCGAGCCAUGUCUCCAGAAAUCAACCAAGGGUACUGGGUCUGUCCCAUCAUAUCUCAAUCAAGGAGUGUUGUCCCUGCGUCCUUUGCAAUUUCACUCUCUGGAGCAUAUCGAUCUGUUCAAUGUGGUUACCGAUGCAUCCCAGGUUGCAAAUUUUAUCAUCAGCCACCGUCAUACGCUGCAAGUAUUCAACAUUGAAGAAACCACACUGCGCUCAGGAACCUGGGAUGAAGCAUUAGCUCCAUUGACCCAAGGCAGGGAUCCGACGCCAUGGAAAGAAGCAGCAUGUCAGAAAAGUCCCGUGGAUGUGCCUUUGAUUUUCAGUCAACAGCCAUUACAACGGAUUAUUUUUGCAGCCCAGCGACAGAGGGGAGGUUUGUGCAAUUUAGCCAAGGCACAGGUGCGGGAGCGGUUGUGGGGGAGACCCGAUCAUAUGAAGCGGCUGUUACCGUCAUCGAGGUUUAGUUGGCGGUAA